AUGGAACUCAUUAUCAUUUCUGGCUGCUUUAUUGGCAUUAUCUGUUCAGUUUUAACAGUUUUGUUGAACGCAAAUUUAUUCUGCAGAAUAGUUCUAAACAAAUCGCAGCGAAGAGAGGAAAUGCAAUUAUUUUACUACAGAUUUGCGUUGGAUUUUUUCUAUGGGUUAGCCUCAUGUUCAUACAUUGGAUUCACCUUCCUUAUUCUGAUAUUUCCGUACACUGUCCAAGACCUUCAUUUUCUCAUUGUCUAUCUGGCUCUUCCGUGCUCUAAUAUUGCAGCCUGUCGAUCUAUAAUCGCAUUUUUCAUUGUUAUUGAACGUGUCAUGGCUCUAUAUUUUCCACGCAUCUACCGAAUAUCUAUUGAGCGGGUCCCGAAUUGGUUGGUUUUCACUGUUGGUGCCUGCUUCGGAGCUUCCGAGAAUCUUGCGCUAUUUGUUAUUUGCUCAUACGACAUGGAAAUCCCGGAGGCUUGCCGAUUUUUUGGAUGUGCCAUUAAUAAGUGUUUCUUUAAAUUUUGGAGCAUGCACAGAGGCAUAAUAUUUUCGGUGAUGGUUGUGUUCUCCAUAAUGAUAUCGGUGAAACUUUACGUUUUGAACCAUUCGGGCUUACAUAAAUCGAACAAUCAACUUUCAAAGGCAAAUCGGCUAGCUCUCCUCGACACAUUUACGGUUCUUCUAUUUGACAUUCUUCCGGCGAUCUGCGCAGUUUUGUGGCCAACUUCAUAUAUGUUUGACGUUAAUCACGUUGGACCUUACAAUGCAUAUCUGAAAAUUAUCGGCUGUGUGAUUGAAUCAUUUAUAGUUACAACGAUAUUGCUCUUUGGCCAAAAUUCUUCAAGUGUUAGAAGUACCACAAUUGCAGUUCCAUCUAGACAUUCGUAAAAACGCUCAGAAAU